AUGGACAGUGGUUGCACCAACACCACCAUUUGUAAUGGUGAACUCAUGCAUGGACUACGUCAAGAUGAGAAAGAGCUUGAUAUGCACACUAACGUGGGCAGCAGAGUUCUUGAUGAAGAAGGGUGUCUAGGACAAUUUCCGCCUCCAGUCUAUUUUGAUGAAGACGGAAUUGCCAAUGUACUUGCUAUGCGCGAGAUGAUUGCUGCGGGAUACCGCAUUACCAUGGAUACUGAUGUUGACAAUACCUUUGUUGUGCAUUGCGAUGAAGACAGACAGAUGCGAUUUGUGAAUCGUAAGGGUGUAUAUGUGUUGGAGCAACUUGGAGUGGAUGUCAAACCAGGUGCCAAAGAGACAAGUGCGAUGUAUCGUCGCCAGUUAAGCAACAUAAACAAUCAACCCCAUUUUGAACUUUCUUCAAACAAACAGAAUGGAUAUGCUGGACUCGGAAUGACCUCAAAGAUGGCAACUGUUCAAAAGAACAAGGAAGGAUCUACUCCAAGACAAGUCAAGGCUGCGAUGGAAGCAAGAAGUGCAAUGCACAUACUCAAUGCUCCAAGCACUAAGAGUCUGAAGUAUGCAAUCCGAUUGGUAUUCCCCAACAAUCCCAGUACCUUCCCGCAAAACUGUCCUCAACAAAUCACUUGA